UGAGUCUGUGUGUGUGUGUGUGUGGUCCCCUCCAUUUGGUCUUCGCUGAUUCUGUAUUAGUGUGGCCGUGUCCCCCAUGAAUCACACUCCGCCGGUAACACUGGCUUUCCCCUCCCGCAGGCACUAUGGAAAGAAGCACAACGGCACCCCCUGUUCAGCUUCCUGGGGGACAUGGAGUCCCACAUGUUCGAGUGCGUGAACCAGUCGGCGGUGCAUGAGGAGCUGGAGGACGAGACGCAGCGGCUCUGUGAUGUGCGGCCCUUCCUGCCAGUGCUGCGGCUCGUUCCCCGCAACUGCGGCCGCGCCGAGCGCCUCGACUCCAAGAUCGGCGUGCUUAUCGGCAAAGGUCUCCAUGAGCUCGAUGCUCUCCAGGAUCAGGAAGUGAAGGACUUCCGCUCCAAGAUGUUCCGCAUCAGCGAGGAGAAGAUGCAGCGCGUGCAGAUGAUGACCUGGAUGGAGUGGCUGGAGAGCUGCUUCUCUCCGCAGGUGGAGGUGGGAGCCAUUGACGGCCUGCAGGAGAAGCUGUUCGAAGGGGCCCUCAAGGUCACCAUGCACUUCAGCCAGUCCCAGGACACAGCCAGCCUGAAGGUCUCCCCGGCCAUCACCCCCCGUGAGCUGAGGGAGCAGGCCCUCAGGAAAUGGCUGACCACCCACAGCAGUUCGGAGGAGGUGCAGGAGGAGGUGCGCUGGGAUGACUAUGUGCUCCGCAUCAGCGGGAAGCUGGAGUUCCUCACCGGAGAACAUUCCCUCAUCCAUUUCAAGUAUAUUCGGACCUGUGUCAUGGCCACGGAGAGCCCCCACCUGACCGUGGUACACUGCAGCGCCAUCCAAUCCAUGUUUGAGAAGGAGAUCACCGCUAUCGGUGCCGUGGUCAACCGCAAGACAUCCAACCCGCCGGUGCCCCUGCCCCCCAAGCGGCGGGGCCCCUCCAUGCACACGUGUGUCUGGGACAUCCACACCCCAUUUAGGAUCACUUUGGUCAAAGGAGCCAAGGUUAAUGCCGAGGAGACGACCAAGGUCCAGGUGCGGGCGGGGCUCUUCCAUGGCACAGAGCUGCUAUGCAAGCCCGCCGUGAGCUCGGAGACCAGCGGCCGCAGCGAGCACACCUGGGGCCAGUCGCUGGACUUUGACAUCAAUGUCGGCGACCUCCCGCGCAUGGCCCGCCUCUGCUUUGCCAUCUACGCCGUCAUGGACAAGGUCAAGAAGCAGAAGUCCACCAAGAGCCCCCACAUCAACAAGUACCAGACCAUCCGCAAGGCCGGGAAAGUGCACUACCCGAUAGCCUGGGUCAACACCAUGGUGUUUGACUACAGAGGACACCUGAAAACCGGUGAAGUCGUCCUCCACUGCUGGUCCUCCUUCCCUGAUGAACUUGAAGAGAUGCUGAACCCAAUAGGCACGAUCCAGACCAACCCAUACACAGAGAACGCCACUGCUUUGCACGUACAGUUCCCAGAGUACCACGCCUACCCCAUCGUCUUCCCCGCCUUCGAUAAGAUCCUGGAAAAGGCAGCUGAGAUCGCCCGUGGCAGUGACUGCAUGCCCAUGGUGGGCCGGGGAGGCAAGAAGUUCCACAGUGAGCUGAAGGAGAUCAUGGAGAGGGACCCGCUCUCGCAGCUUUAUGAGAACGAGAAGGAUCUUAUCUGGACACUACGAUACGACUGCAGGGAGAACUUCCCCCAAUCGCUGCCCAAGCUCCUGCUGUCGGUCAAGUGGAGCAAGCAUGAGGACAUGGCGCAGCUCCAGGCCCUGCUGCAGAUCUGGCCCAAACUGAGCCCGCGGGAUGCCCUGGAGCUGCUGGACUUCAACUACCCGGACCAGUAUGUGCGGGAGUACGCUGUGCGCUGCCUGUGCGACAUGAGCGACGACGAGCUGUCGCAAUACCUGCUGCAGCUGGUGCAGGUGCUGCGGUACGAGCCGUAUUACGACUGUGCGCUGUCGCGCUUCCUGCUGGAGCGUGCCCAGGCCAACCGCAGCAUCGGCCACUUCCUCUUCUGGCAUCUAAGGUCAGAGAUGCACAUGCCAGCUGUGUCUGUGCAGUUUGCUCUGAUCCUCGAAGCCUACUGCCGAGGCAGCAUCCCUCACAUCGAGAUCCUGAAAAAGCAGGUGGAGGCCCUGAACAAACUGAAGGCUGUGAACGAGCUCAUCAAGCUGGGCACCAUCAAGAACGUGCGCAAAGCCAAGGAGGCCAUGCUGAGCAAGGAGGCUAUGCUAACAUGCCUGCGGCAGACGGGCUACGCAGAGACGCUGUCGGACCUGCAGUCACCACUCAACCCCCAAGUGCUCCUGUCCGGGAUCAGUGUUGAAAAGUGCCGCUACAUGGACUCCAAGAUGAAGCCACUGUGGAUCGUCUACAACAACAAGCUUCUGGAUGGAGACACGCUGGGAAUCAUCUACAAAAAUGGGGAUGACCUGCGGCAGGACAUGCUCACCCUUCAGAUUCUGCGCCUGAUGGACCUUCUCUGGAAGGAGGCCAACCUGGACCUCAGAAUCGUGCCUUAUGGUUGCCUAGCGACAGGGGACCGCUCCGGGCUGAUCGAGGUAGUGUCGGCCGCAGAGACGAUCGCGAACAUCCAGCUGACUAACAGCAACGUGGCGGCCGCGGCGGCCUUCAACAAGGACGCCCUGCUCAACUGGCUUAAGGAGAAGAAUUCUGGGGAUGCCCUCGAUCGUGCCAUAGAGGAGUUCACGUUGUCCUGUGCUGGCUACUGCGUGGCCACGUACGUGCUGGGCAUUGGUGACCGGCACAGCGACAACAUCAUGGUGCGCAGCACAGGUCAGCUCUUUCACAUCGAUUUUGGACACAUCCUUGGGAACUUCAAAUCAAAGUUCGGGAUCAAGAGGGAGCGUGUUCCGUUCAUCCUCACGCACGACUUCAUCCAUGUCAUCCAGCAGGGCAAAACAGGCAACACAGAGAAGUUUGGCAGUUUCCGUCAGUAUUGUGAGGAAGCCUACCUGAUCUUACGCAAGAAUGGGAACCUCUUCAUCACCCUGUUUGCGCUGAUGCUGACGGCCGGCUUACCUGAGCUGACCUCGGUGAAAGACAUCCAGUACUUGAAGGACUCGCUGGCGCUGGGGAAGACUGACGAGGAAGCCCUCAAACAGUUCCGACAGAAGUUCGACGAGGCUCUGAGGGAGAGCUGGACCACCAAGGUCAACUGGAUGGCCCACAACGUGGCACAUACGUGGUCCUAGUGAGUGUGGAGGAAGGGACCUGGACAGCGGGGGCCCACACACCGGCAGGGGGGUGCCCCUGUUUUGUUGUCCUAAGCUACUCUGCUUCCUGAUGAAGCAACACGACCAAUAUGGUUUGUUUGUUUUUUUUUUGGGGUUUUUCCUUUUUGCUGUGACAUAUCUGUAUAUAGUGAGUAAUCAAUAUUGAACAAGUUGCUGAUUUUGCACGGUGGGGGGGGGGGCUGCUAGUACUCAUGUCAUGUUUGAGAGGCAUGCCUGGAGUGGGUGGGGCUGAGUGCAAGCCCCCCACCUGCACCAGGAGGUGAGCUACACUGUAUCCAUACGCCUCUGUUGAUGUCAGGCUUUGUUUUGAUCUUGAGCUGGAGUGAGGAACUGGAGGGGGAGUCUGUACACUGGAGGGCGCUGUGAUCGCCCCGAAGAGUUGCACCUGCACGGACUCAUUCACACCCUGAAGUGGGUUGGGGGGGAAUGGGAUAGUCCCUCCUUCAACCAGCCAUCCUCCCUCCAUCCACCACAGCACUGAUGGAUGUCACGCAGAUUGAGAGGAGAAAACUGCCACUGCCUGCAUCAAACGAUGCCAAAAUAUACAUGCGUGUGUUCUCUCACUUUCUAGUGGCGCCUCCUACUGGAUGACUAGGAAAAGGGGGCCUUGGGUUAUGCUGAAGUUGUGUGUGUGCGCGUGUGUGUGCGCGCGCGCGUGUGUGUGUGCGCGUGUGUGUGUGCGCGUGUGUGUGCGCGCGUGUGUGUGUGCGCGUGUGUGUGUGCGCGCGUGUGUGUGUGCGCGUGUGUGUGUGCGUGUGCGCGCGCGUGUUGUGUGAGUAUUAAUGCUGCAUGUGCCUCAGUGAUGGGACAGUCCAGAGCUGGGGUCCGGGCUCAGAUUGACAGCACCAAUCGAACCACUAAACACUGGAAAAUUAAACCACAGAGACACUGGGAUUCUGACUCUAAGAAUAAGCCGGAGUCGUCUGAUUUUUAUUGGUUUUAUUUAACUUGUUUGUGUUACAAAUGAAGGCUUUGAACGAAAGCAUUUCCAUCUUUUGAAGACUGACGAGAAAUGUUGAAAAUUUGAGCUACAGGGCAGAUCUGCCGCUGUGAAUCCCCUCGCCCCCCUCCCAGUGCCUGAGGACGGUGGGGAGCAGAAGACUAAUGUGUUGCGGGGGCGUGGCCUGGUGGGCGUGGCCCGAGGCUAUCGCGUGGGGGGGCCUCCAUCACCGUGAGCCUGUCCCCACCAUCAGGAAGCACUCAACACCCAGAGCCACGCUUGGGCAUGUGAUGUAACUGAAAAUGGCACAAGAACUCUGACCCGGGACCAACGUUCACAUUUUGUCAUUCUCUUGUUUUUUUUUUUUCUCUCAAAGGGGAAUGUGUGUCUUAAUAUCCGGAAAAGUGAGUCUUUUUUUUAUAUAUAUAUAUAUAUCUGCAGAUGUAGGCAGAGUCUGUUCUUUUUAACUGCCUGACAGAGAGCAUUAAGUCUUUUACUUUGAAUGUUUUGUUUCAAAGCUACGUUUUUAAGGUGCUCUCCCAACAUCUGCGUCUGACUUUGUGCAAUAUCCAUAAACACAUAUGAACCUGCAGAUUGCGAGUCUCCCUCUAAUGUUUUUAUUUGCCGAUGCUGCACCAGUAGCCUUGAAUUCUUUUAGACACUGAAUAUUUCUGAAUGUACAGGUUUUGUUCUGUAGAUGUUUCUCUCCCCCCCCCAUGGACUUAAAAUUAUAGGAAUUAAAGGUAUUUUACGUCUAAUACAGAUUUUUCAUUUUCCAUUUACAAUGGACUUGUUUUGUUGGGGGGGCAUUGGUGCAGUGCUUAGUGCUGUUACAUGGCUCGAAGUGUGUGGAGUCUGCAUGCUCUCCUCAUGCCUGCCUGGGGAUUCCUCUGGGCUCUCCGUCCCCUCCCCCAUGUCAAAAUAAAUUGCCCAUAGUUGUGAA